AUGUCACAACUAUUCUACAAGUACUUUCUUCAAAAAGCAAAUCUUGAUCAUCUCGUAACUUUUGGAGAGCAAGACGAUCCAUAUUUCGAGGAAAUCCCAGAACAGGAACUACAUUUUUAUCAAAGAAAAGGCGCCAAAAGAAAAAGAAAGUUGCCAUCUUUUAUUCCCCAACAUGAUUUAAAGAUAUUAAACAAGUUCAAAAAACGUGCAUAUAGAUUGGAUUUGCAAUUGAGUUUAUGUGGAUUACGUCUUGGUUGGGCAGGUAUCAUUGGAUUGAUCCCAGGUAUAGGCGAUGUUAUUGCAUUGUUUUUCGCUUUGCAAUUGGUGAAGCUCGCUCGUGAAAUUGAGGGUGGAUUACCCAAGAGCUUGGAAGCACAAAUGAUGGCCAACGUUUCAUUUGAUUUUGGAAUUGGGCUAAUUCCGGUUGUCGGAGAUUUCAUCAAUGUCUUGUAUAAAUGUAACUCGAGAAAUUUCGUGUUGUUGGAAAAGCAUUUGAUUAAAAAGUAUGGGAAUGGAGCAGCAGCAACAGCAACGACUGCGAGAUCGGCGCCGGCAACUACAUCGGUCGAUCAUGAGAUUGGACAUAACCAACACAAAGGAACUUACGCUGCUGUGGGUGGUGAUGGCGAUGGCGGUGGUUUUGGUAGUACCGCACAUGAUCCUGCGAACAAGGUGUAG